UAACUUCCGCAGCGCAAGUUUCAAAAAGAAACUUAUUUUGCAGAGAGGGUGUUGUCUUUAUUGCGCUGAAUUAACUCCACUGAAAAUGAAACACUCUAAAGAGGGUCAAAAGAAAAAAUCAACAACACCAAAAAAGAAGAGCUCUUUCUCCUCCAAACUAGCCACUGCUAGAACAAGUUCGGAGUCAAAAAAUCAUCCUGAGGACAAAACAAGUAUAGUUACUUUUGAUGUUAAAGGAAAUGAUCAGGAUGUCAUGGCUGGGGAAGACAGAAAUGCUCCAUGUGCCAUGGAUACUGACGAUGAUCUUCCAGCCACACAACCUAUUGAUGACAGAGUUUUGAAAGAUGUUGUGGCCUAUUCAAAAGUGGAAGUUCGAUCCACCAAUGAUAACAGAAGUAAAGCCAUCUGUAGAGAGCUUGUACAGCUUGGUGCUGUGGUUGCGAAAACGUUUUCAAAUGAUGUGACUCAUGUUGUACUCAAAGAAGGUAGCAAGCGCACAAUCACCAAAGCCACAAAGAAAGGGGUUCACUUAGUCUCAGUUCUCUGGGUUGACAGCUGUAAACAGAACCAACAACAUGUAUCUGAGAGGCUCUAUCCUGCAAUGCUUCCUGACCAGAAAGGAACUCCACUUCUAAUUGCUAAGCUUAAAAAAGCUAAAUCAAUGCAGCCCAGGGACUUUGAGGAUGACCUGGCCUCCAGUGCUGAGAGGUUUGCUAAGAAGAAGAAGAAACAAGAGAUUGAUCGUCUGAAGUCCACAGAAUCCACGCCCUGUAAUUCACCACUGCUGGGGACCAUUCUGGUGGAGGACACACAACCAAGAGGCUCCCCUCUUCCUACUUCUAAUGGUGAAAUCCUUACACCAAUCAGAUUAGCCAUUCCAGACACGCCUCCUAGCAUGAGAGCCAAGAUGAAGGAACUUGGCAGACAGAUUGGGGAAGAUAAUGAUGAUGAAAAUAUGACUGAGGCUCAGUAUGACAAGCCAGAAUUUGAUGAACCCCUCCAAAGAAGACUUUUCACAGGUAUGGGUGGGCAAGGAUUAAGUAGUCCUGAAACAACUGUCAAGGAUGCAAAAGUUACAUUUAAAGAAGACAGCCAUCCGGUGACAUCAUCAAACAAGGGCAAUAAGGUUAGAGCCAGCAGCAGACGGAAAUCAGUAGCAUCCGUCUGCUUCAAAGACAACAUUGAAAAUUUUCAAAAGAAAAAGGAAGAGGAAUCAAGAAAUUCAUUGCCCUCAUUCACAAAUGUUAAAGAUACAGGAAAAAAGAAAUCAACACAGAGAAGAAAGUCAAUGGCUGCAGUAAGUUUCACAAACACUGAUGUACUGACAAAUGACGAACCUUUAAAAAGGAGGAUUAGCUCUAGGAGGAGGUCAGUUCAGGUGACGUCACUGAGGCCUGAACCAGCGGUGGAGGAACCUGUACAGACAUUAAAGAAAUCACUGGAAAAGAUUGAAACAUUUCUGGAAUCGGACAGGAAGGCAGACAGUGAAAAUUCAAAACUUCAGGAAGAACAUCAUGAAGUGUCAGGAAAUCAGUGCUCGGAAAAUAUAUGCACUGACAGUAGGAAUGCUUCUAAACAAGAUGACAUUACAGUGACAUGCAAUGGAAAUUCAGUUGAUGGAAAAGGUGCUACCAAAACUUUUACACAAAUUAAGAAUAGGAGGAAAUCAUCUGCAUUUACUGCCAAAGAAAUAGAAAAUCACUUAGAUAGUAAUAAAAAUACUGAUUGUGAAAAUGUAGAUUCUGCAUCUAGAAAGGUUCAUACUGAACCAAAGAAGCCAAACACUAAGAUACUGAAGCCAAAGAAAAGACUCCUUGCUGCCAGUGACAUGGAGGCACAUUCUUUUUUGAUAGAGCCUACCAUGUGUUCAGAGAAAGUCUUCAGAAAGCUUUUAGAUAAAACUCCAGAUAUGACAUCAACACAGAACAAAAAGAAGGACACCAAAGCACAGGGCCAGAAGAGGAAGAAGCAGUCCAUAGAUGAGGCAUCUGACACCCCAAAGAGAAGCAGACCAGAUAAGUCGGAGAGUUCAUCGUUUAAAUACCCAAACAGUACAGUUUCUACCGGUGAAGACAAAGUCUUAGUGCAGAAAGAUAUUACAGACCAUGAUAACAGAGAUGUGUCAGAAAAUGAGACCACACUUGGUUCGUCAAUGUCACUUGUUUUCAGUGAAUCCACUUGUUCUAAUAUGUUUGGCACAGCCCCACCGAGACAGAGUAUUGACGAAUUUAAUCUACGAACCAAGUUCAACAACAGGAGGAUGAGGAAGAAAAAGAAGGCUCUGUCAGAUUCAGCAUUCUCCUCUCUGAACAAUGAAAGUGAUACGAGUUCUACCAGUGAGGAGGGUACCAAGAUAAAGAGGAUGAAAAGGAAUCCAUCCUUCACCAAGACUAGUCCCCAGCGACCAUCACUAGUAAUGACAAGUCUUCACUCUCAUGAACAGGAUAUUGUGAUUUCAGUGGUGAAGAGAUUGAAGGGCUUUACUAUAACUGACAAUGUCAAUGAUUUCACAACUCAUGUAGUGUGCGGUGGCCCACGUAGAACACUCAACAUCCUCCAUGCCAUUUCUCGUGGGUGUUGGGUGCUGAGAAAGGAAUGGGUCAUGGAAUCAUUGGAGGCCCAGAGGUGGUUACCAGAGGAAGGUUACGAGGUCACAGACUGGUUCCCCUCAGCUCAGGAAACCCGCUUUAGUCGACAAACAUCACAAGAAAAUGCCCCCCAGCUGUUGUUUGGUUCCAUGGGUGUUUUCUAUAUCACCCCAAAGGCUGUUCCACCUCGACAUCACCUAAUGGAACUGAUCCAGAGAUGUGCUGGCAAGGUGACAAGCUCUUCAUCAAAAGCAGAUAUCUAUGUCGGUUCUGAUUUCUUGCCAGAGAAAACCAGUGUCAACCCACUCUGGAUAUUAGAUUGUGUAACCCAGAACACUCUUCUUCCAAUGGAUUCAUACUUACUUGGUAAACCAAAGAGAGAGAGUAGUCCAGAAUAUUAGACCCAUCUAUUAAAUGACAGUAUGCUUAUUGUUUGACAGAGAGGUUCAGCUGAUCAAAGUAUCUAUAAAAACUUAAGACUAGACCAUUCCAAUCGGUGUAUUUUUUGUUAUACUUGUGCAUGGAGUCGAAUUAAGAAAUUCCAGAAACAAAAUUAUGGAGUACAUGUAAACUACCUAUAUUAAUCUUUUCUGGUAAAUUUUUCAUGAAUUCAGCUAAUUGCUUUCAUUUUUGUUGAGUAGACAAUUUUUUGCUACAAAAGCAGAUUUUAUAUGCAUGUACAUCUA